CAGGGCCCUUGUAGUGAAAAGGUUCGAGGUUAGGUGGCGGGGGCUAUACUUAAAAAGGGGUUCCAGUUGAAAGUAAUUUUGAGCUUGCUGUUUUUGCAAUGCUGUCAAGUAGCAUUAAGCAGAUCAGCCGACGGCUUCAGAGCGGUGAAGUCACUGCAUCUGAGCUGGUAGAGAACUGCCUAGCGAGGGCUCACCAGACCAAGGAUCUGAACGCGUUCGUCACGAUCACUGCCGACCUGGCCAGAGAGCAAGCGCAACAGUCAGAUGAACGGAGACGCCAAGGUCAACCGCUGGGGCCACUGGAUGGCGUGCCGGUGUCGGUCAAGGACAACUUCUGCGUGCGCGGCGCGCCCACCACGUGCGGCUCGCGCAUGCUGGCCGAGUUCCGGCCGCCAUACACGGCCAGCGUGGUGCGACGCCUGCUGCGAGCGGGCGCCUGCCUCAUCGGCAAAACCAACCUGGACGAGUUCGGCAUGGGCGUGGGAACGGUAGACAGCUUCUUCGGACCCACGAAGAACGUCUGGGGAUCAAACGUGAAGUACAAGCUACGCUAUAAGUAUGGGGAGCCUGCGACAGAUCCUCCAGUGCCACCUAGGGACAGCGACGAAGACUUCUAUAUCCCUGGCGGGAGCUCAGGUGGCAGCGCCGUCUCUGUUGCAUCGGGAUCAAGCUUUGUCGCGCUAGGCUCGGACACUGGCGGUUCGGUACGAAACCCGGCGGCCAGCUGUGGCCUGGUGGGCCUGAAGCCCUCCUACGGCCUGCUGUCGCGCCACGGCCUGGUGCCGCUCGUACACUCGAUGGACGCGCCGGGCCUGCUCGCCCGCACCGUGGCAGACGCGGCGCUCGUCUUCGACCUGCUGUCGGCGCCGGACGCGCUCGACUCGACGUGCGUGGCGGAGGCGCGGACGCCGGUGGCGCUUGCGGAGCGGUGCUCGGCGCGCGGCCUGGUGGUGGGCGUGCCGCGCGAGUACCACUGCCCCGGCGUCGACAGCCAGGUGCUCGACGCGUGGGAGGCGGCGGCGGCUGAGCUGGCGGCUGGCGGCGCCACCGUCCGACAGGUGAGCCUGCCGCACACACAGCAUUCGAUCGCGUGCUACAGCGUGCUCAAUGCGGCGGAGGUGGCCAGCAACAUGGCCCGCUACGACGGCGUCGAGUUCGGCUUCCGCUCGACCGAGCACGCCUCCACCGAAGCGAUGUACGCCGACGGCCGGCGCCGCGCCCUCAACGAGGUCGUGCGCGGCCGCGUGCUGGCCGGCAACUACUUCCUUCUGCGGAGACACUACGACGACUACAUGGUGCAGGCGAUGCGCGUGCGGCGUCUGAUCCAGCGCGACUUCGAGCUGGCAUGGCGGGCCGGCUGCCACCUGCUGCUCACGCCGGUCACGCUCACCGACGGCCAUCUACACUCGGAGUUUGUGCAGCGCGACAGCCGCACCAACACGGCCGCGCUCGACUACUGCACGCAGCCGGCCAACAUGGCCGGCGUGCCCGCCGUCAGCCUGCCCGUGCGCCUGUCGUCGCGCGGCCUGCCGAUCAGCCUGCAGCUGAUGGCGCCGCCGCUGGGCGAGCGGCGCCUGCUGGCGGCGGCCCGCUGGCUGGAGCGGCGCCUGGCCUUCCCACGACUGGAGCUGGUCUGACGCAGGGAGCGGCGCCGGCGCCGCGCGCGCCUCCAGCCGGUGCGGGUCUGCUCCAGACUGUGGACGGCACCAGCGGCGGCGUGAGAGCGCUGUCGGCUGUCGGCUGUCG